GGUGCCGGAGCCGGGCGGCCAUGAUGCAGUAAGCGCUCCCUCCCCGCGCGGCCGGGCGGGGGCCCGCGUUAGCGCCGCUCCCGCCCGCCUCCUUACAUAACACGACCCGGCGGAGCGGGGCUGCGGCGGCACCACCAGCGCCAUGGCGAAUGACAGCGGCGGAGGCGCCGGUCAGGGCGGCCAGGGCGACAGCGGCAGCGGCGGCAGCAGCAGCAGCAACAGCAACAGCAGCAGCGAGCGGGACCGGCAGUACUGCGAGCUGUGCGGGAAGAUGGAGAACCUGCUGCGGUGCGGGCGCUGCCGCAGCUCCUUCUACUGCAGCAAGGAGCACCAGCGCCAGGACUGGAAGAAGCACAAGCUGAUCUGCCGCGGCGGCGGCGCUGCGGCGGCUGGAGCGGCAGGGGGCGCUACCGAGCCCCACGGCGGGCACCCCCCGCCGCCCCGCGCCCACGGCGGGGCCGCGGCGGGCAGCGGCAGCCGGGCGGGGGUCGGGAAGGGCGCAGCGCCGCCGUCCCCGGAGGCCCCCGCUGAGGCCGCUCCGCUGACAAACAAUCACGUCGCCGCCGCCGGUGCAGCUGCCGGCGGUGACGCGGAGGCAUCGGCCGGGGCCCAGUCCCCGUCGCCCUCCGGGGAGGCAGUGCUGCUGUACCGGGACAAGUCGAACCUGUACCCGGGCGGCGUGCAGGCGGGACCCGGUGCGGCCGCGCUGCGCCCCAACGGGCAGACCAAGUCGCUGGUGCCGCAGCGGCUGGCGCUGGAGUACAUCGUGCCCUGCAUGAACAAGCACGGCAUCUGCGUGGUGGACGACUUCCUCGGCAAGGAGCUGGGCGGACUGGUGGCCGAGGAGGUGCGGGCCCUCCACCACACCGGCCGCUUCACCGACGGGCAGCUCGUCAGCCAGAAGAGCGACUCCUCUAAGGACAUUCGCGGCGACAAGAUCACCUGGGUGGAGGGCAAGGAGCCGGGCUGCCAGACCAUUCGGCUCCUCAUGAACAGCAUGGACGAUCUCAUCCGACACUGUAAUGGAAAGCUGGGCAACUACAAAAUCAACGGCAGGACGAAAGCUAUGGUGGCUUGUUAUCCAGGCAAUGGAACAGGUUAUGUGCUCCACGUUGAUAAUCCAAAUGGAGAUGGAAGAUGUGUUACAUGUAUAUACUAUCUUAAUAAGGACUGGGAUGCCAAGGUAAGUGGAGGCAUCCUUCGGAUAUUUCCAGAAGGCAAAGCCCAAUUUGCUGAUAUUGAACCCAAAUUUGAUAGACUGCUUUUCUUCUGGUCUGAUCGCCGCAACCCUCAUGAAGUACAGCCAGCAUUUGCUACAAGGUACGCAAUAACAGUGUGGUAUUUUGAUGCAGAUGAAAGAGCACGAGCUAAAGUGAAAUAUCUAACAGGUGAAAAAGGUGUGAGGGUUGAACUUAAUAAACCUUCUGACUCAGUUGGGAAAGAUGUUUUAUAAGCCUUUGGUUUAGCAACUCCCCUUGCUGUUCGCCCUGAUAAAUCUUGAUGCUAUCUAUUAACUUUUGAAUGUGAAUAACAAGAUAAAGGAAAAUCAACAACAAACCAACAUCUUAAUACGGAAGCAAACAGUGUUUCAAUGUUGCAUCAAAAAGAAGGUUCUUUGACUGCUGAAGCAUUGUACUAUGUGAUUGUGACUCCAGGCCUGUGACUGCUUAUGUGAAGAAGAUAAGCAAUCAGUAAGAAACACCAUAUGCAUCUGGACAUAAAUAAGUGCCCUACAUAGAAUUUGUCCAUCCUUAUAUUUUGCCAGACCUGUCAUCCAGCUGAAUCCAUUUCAUCUCUCCCUUUUUUUAUAUGGUAAAAGUUUGAAUUUUGGGUAAUUUUUGUAUGACCAGGUACAGUUUAUCAAAAUUGAGUCUUAAAAAAAAUGAAAAACUGAUAAAAAGGAAAAAAAUUACAGUAUUCUCCAAUAUAACAUGGAUCUAUUUUUGUAAAACUGUUCAUACUGUUCUCCUCUGCCAUGAAAGACCUAAUUUAAUGUAAGGGUUGCCAGUAACUGAUAAUCACUUUAAUUUUUUUUUACAACUUAAUUCAGAAAAGGAGCACUUUAAUUACCAGCUAAAAAUCUGAUUGUUUUGUAUCAUAUCUCACACUAAUCUUAACUUUUAAAGAUUGCUGCUGUAUUGGUUUUUUUUUUUUUUUGACUAUGUUCUCUUGAACCUUAUUAACAAAAGCAAAUCAGUAUCUUGCUAUUAGUAACAUUCAGUUUGUGGUUUUGUAUGUUGAAUACACAGAGGGGAAGUUUCUGUCUCUCUUCUCUUUGGUUUCUUUUUUUUUUUUUAUUUUUGGAGGGGGGAUGUUUGGUUGUUUUUUUAUUUUUGAAGUGACUGGCACUAAGUGAACGUGACACUAUCAGUUGCUGUCAUUGGCUUUGGGGACCUGGUAAAUACAUCGAGUUACAAGAAUAUACAAGGGCUUUCCUAGGCUAUUAGAGGUACCCAGAACCUCCUUACUUACUUGACAGAAAUUUUUGAGCUUUCUCCGUUUUAUAAAAGAUACUUGCCACCCCCCUUUCCUUUGUAUAUAAGUUAAUAGAAUAUCUAAAAUUCACUUUUGUAAAUUUCCUUUUCCAAUGUU